GAGAGAACCAAAGUCUUCACAUACCAUCAGCUCCAGCUCCCCCACCACUCCUAUCAAACACCAUCCCAACACAUGUUAACUACAGACUACACCCUGAUGAAAAAUGCAUGCAUGUCUACUCCAACCCACAGCAUCAAGAUAUGUUUCCAGCUGGACUCCAUCUUUCAUCUGUCAUCUAUCUCUCUGCCAAGAGAGGAGUACAAAGUGUCACAACUGGCUUCUAUGUCUCUCCCACCUAAGCCAGCGGUAUUCAUCUCCGGUGUCAUUGCUAGGGGUGAUAAGGACUUCCCUCCAGCUGCAGCUCAGGUGGCUCAUCAGAAACCACAUCCUUCAGUGGAAAAGCUUCCACACCCACAGCAUGUCAAACAGCACAUCCACCAGCCUCGCAAAUGAGCUCCCCAUCAGGAUCUCUGCCAAACUGCUCUCCGUGAAUAAGUUUUCAAGAGAAGACAAAAAUCCUUUAGGAUUCACACUGUCAAAUCUGUAAAAUUGACAUCUAAAAUAAUAUGCUGUUUCUUUUACUUUAAUUCUCAAGGGUUAAUAAAAAUGAAGACGUUCAGUUGCUAUCCUAGAUGGAAAAUUCUGUAUUGAGUAUUUGCUGAUCAGGGGUGCUUUUUUAUAAGAUUUUCUUACUGUCAAGAUAAAAACUUCAGUAUGAGUAAUAUGAUUAAUGAGCUUAAAAAUUGUACUUUUAGUUGUGGACUCACAAUAGCAGAUAGUUAAUGUAGCUUUUAUGCUAAGCCAGUAAGAAAGAAGAGCCCCUCACUGUCUGGAGGGAGUUUGUUGGGUGUGUUGAGACAGAAGUUAUUGGUUGAUUAUGUAGUUAUGUCUGAUUAUGAUUAUGUAGUUAGUGUCUUGAUUAUGUAGAACCCUUACAGCCUUCAGUAUCCUACAGUGUUACACCCCAGUGCCCUCUGGAUUCAACCAGGGAGAUGAUGAAGGGGCUCCCAUACAUUCUCAAGUGAGCAGAGAUCCAGCUGAAUCUUCUUUAUACCCCCUUGCACUCUCACAGUCUUGCUGAGAUUUUUCCCUCUGGUGAUCUGUGAGUAUGGAGAGGAGAGAGAAAUCAGAAAUACAAGAACACUGCUUCUGUAGACAACCCAUUUGCAAUCUCAUGAGUCUCACUGGGGGCUGUAUUUUUGAGGUGAUGAUUUCACAUUCCAAUACCAAGCUGAAGGAAUUUGUGAAUCUUCAUAUUGAACUUAAAAUAAGUUGAUGAAAAAUUUGUUUACUUUCUUAAAUUUAGAAUUUGAGAUCACCUUUUGAAGUUGAGAUACCACAAAUAAAUAUGUUUAUGAUCCAACCUCUUUUGCGCAUCGUAUUUUUUCCUAGUCUUCUUAUUCUGAAUGACAGUAGUGAUAUGAGGAAGUGAAAGGAAAAUUAUUUCCAAAUAGAGCAAUUGUUUUAUUUUUACCACAUAAUUAAAUAAUUUGGUUUCUCAGUUCAGAAUAACUUAGCUCUAUAAUUUUCCUUCCAUAACUCACCUCUGUAAAAACCUGGAAAAAAAUUUUGAACAUUCUACCUGUUUUAAUGUGUUCUUCUGUUUUUAACUGACUACAAAUACAAUGCAGCCUUUAAAAGCCUCCAGGCUUAUAAAGUUUUAAUGAUGUCAAAAACGUGAGAGAUAAAGCUGCAACCAUUCACCUGGCAAAUAAGUGAAAGUUUAGCAUUACUUGGGGCUUUACUAGUUUAUUUUUGGAUAAAAAACAGUAAGGAAAAUUUAAAAAUUAUUAUUUUUUUAAAAUUCUGCAGAUUUAAUAAUUAUUUCCCGAGUAGCUGAUUUAAAACAACUGCAACAAAAUACUGGAAAAUAUGGCCCAUUUCACAAGUGGAAUAACUCACUUCAUGUGGGUGUGAGGGACCUGACAUUUCCAUCUCUUUAUAGGCUUGAAAUGGAAAUGAUGUUUUGCAAAUUAUUUGCAUGGACAUAUUUAUUUGAAACCCAAGGAAAGAUGUACAAUCUAUAUAUGCAGUCCUUACUUUCAAUUUGAUUAGAAACUAUACUUGCCUUAAGGAAAGAAUGUUUAUAAGAAUUAUUCUGUAUUAGAAUAUGUGUAACUUUUCAAAUCUGCUUUCUGUUUCUGAUGUCGAUGUAGCAGAGGCCUUGUUUGUUGUUUCUUAUGAGUGUACAAGGGAUUCACACCUGAGCAACUCAUUCAUUGUUGAGCCUCUUGGAACCUCUGCAGAAGAUGAUUUGCUGGCAGGAAUGUUUGCAGACUAAGGACAGGAGGUGGUUGAUGGUGCACCGUAGCCGUCCAUGUGCUGCGUCAGCAAUCAUCGCAGUCAGUUCUGGUACCUGCUGGCCUGAGGGGGAGCUGGGUGGGAUUCAUCUCUGCCUCGUGCUGUGCCUGCAUCUGAAGGAGGUCGGUGGUGUUGCAGUCAGGACAGUCAGUAGAGUUUAGGUAUGGCAUCAUUGACCAAAGGGAAGGCUCUUUCAGGUUGAGCUCAAUCACUCUUGGCUCCAUUGACAGCAUUGGAAAACUAAACCUCAGUGUGGAGGCACAUGAUGAGGUGGGGCUGGGUACCUCGGCUCCAUGUCUUGUAAUAGGUAGAAAUGGUUCUGAAAGCUAUACCACAUCCUUUCUGACAGUAAAAGUUAGGAGGAUGGAUGCUUUCAAAUUACAAACUACUGCUCCUGGUUGUUAAUGCAAUAUAUACAGCAUAUAUAGAUAAUACCUGAGUUUUGUCUUUGAUUACUUAGAUAGAUGUGUUUGUACAAUGAACUAUGUCUCUUAAGAUAGCUUUUAGAAUGCUGAAAAUCAUACAUGAUUAGAAAAUGUCUCUACAUGAAAGCAUAUUAUAUAUUGUUGGGAGGUAUCUGUGUUUAUACAUAGGUGUCCUUACCCAAGCAUUACCUUGUCCAAAAUAAUCAUAACUGGUGAACUGGAUUUCUUACGGAUGGUUAUUGAUGCUUUUUAAAUAUGUUACAAUAGCAUAUAAGGACAGGAGAUGUUCAGAUGUUACCUUGAAAUAACUGCAAAAGAAAUUUUCUGUAAUUGUCAAUGUGGCAAUAAUGCAACAAUAAAGCAUGAAGUUGUGUAUUGGG